AUGUGGAAACCACAAACCAUCUCCGAAAUACUUCGACCAAUUUGCAUUCUGUGGCGAUUUUGCGGCUUACCAGUGUACAAAAUCGAAAACCAAAAACGCGGACAAAAACUGAUUACUUUGCAAGGAUUUAUUUUAUUUAAGUUGUUUACUAGUCUUAAUAUUGUCGCAAUUGACUUCUUUUUUGGAAUGAAUGAAAUUCUCUACAGCAGAUUUUCGUCACUUAGCACGGCGAUAUUAACAUUUAGUAACACGUGCUGGUUAUUGAUAAUUAUGUUCACGGAUUAUUUUGUAAAUUUACUGUUUUAA